AUGUCCGAGCAUCGAAAAGAAGCAGCGCUGAGUGACAGCGACAACACCACCACCACUACGCCUCUCCGUGGUGACGGAGACGGAGACGGAGACGGAGACGGAGACGAAGCGGCGACAGCUGAACAAGAAGUAGAAAUACAAAGAUUAUCGUCCGCAGAACACCACCUCAUAUACCUGCCUCUCCUCGAAGGUUACAUCUUCAGACUCAUCGAACUACCGCCGGGCCAGCCUGACGACCCUAUCUCCAUCCGCGUGUGGAUCGUCGAAUUGGGACAUCAGCCCGACUACGAAGCCGUCUCGUACGUCUGGGGCGACCCCACCAGCACGGUGUCGAUAUCGUGCAACGGACGACCACUAAAUGUCACGACGAGCCUCCACUCCGUGUUCAAGCGCGUACGGUGCGCGGACCGGUCACGCACCCUGUGGGCCGACGCAGUGUGUAUCAACCAGAAGAACAAAGCCGAGCGAUCGCACCACGUUUCGUUCAUGGGCGAGAUAUACAGGCGUGCGAAACGGGUUCUUGUUUGUUUCGGAGAGGACAGCAAGCGAAGAAGUGAAAAUGAUGAUGGCGGUGAUGGCGGUGGGGGUAGUGGUGGUGGUGGUGGUGGUGGUGAUGAUGAUGCUGCUGGUGCUGCUGCUGGUGCUGCUGGUGCUGCGAAAGACGUGGCGGAACUCGUCGAGGAAUUCACAUCCAAAUACUUCCCAGCCAACACACCAACCACCUUUCACGACACACUGCCCCAGGUCGAUUCGAGAGAUCCCAUUCUCUUCGACACGCGAUGGAAGGCCGUGGCAGCGCUCAGCAAGCACCAAUGGUUCACGAGGGCGUGGGUGGUGCAGGAGGUCGGUAUGGCGCGGGACCCGGUCUGCUUGUACGGCGAUCGAGAAUUCAAGUACCGCGACUUGAUGCACAUGGCCUCGUGGACAAUGGUAUGCGCGCCGCAGAUCGAGACGAGGUACGGCACCUCGUUCGGAAGUGUGCACGCGGACUGGAUCGAUUGGUCGCCCGAGUGGAAGCGGACGUCGGCGUACCCAGACGAGGACUUUCUGGACUUGCUGUGUCAGUCGCGCUGGUUGUCGUGUGCCCUGAGGCAGGAUCACAUCUAUGCUCUUCUGGGACACCCCCUGGCGGCUUUGGAGGAUGCAAGUGGGAAGAAGAACCUCAUCAUCCAGCCCGAUUACACCAAAUCCGAAGAAGAGGUAUUUCUCGACUUUGGCAAGACACUACUCCGACACUUUGGCCUCCGCGUACUCUCGGCAGUCGAGCACGACGGGGAAACGUGGAGGGGUAGUGCCGGCGGUGGCGGCGGUAGCUCUGUUGUUCCUUCAUGGGUGCCACUGUUUCACGAUGUCAGUUUGUUGACGAACAGCAUCGGUGUCUUCGAGGGGUUCUACUUUGAUGCGUCUGCGGGUGUGACGACGGGGACGGUUGAACCCUUGUUUGUGGACGAAACGGAUCUCAAGCUGCGUGGUCGUCAGAUCGAUGUCGUGAAGAAGACGUUCAAGUUCUCAGACGCCGACAUACAGGAUCUGGAAAUAGUCAACAAGGGAGAAGAAGACACAGUCAAUCCGAACACUGGGCAUGUCGCCCUCUUGGCCAGCAUCAUGCUCGAGGCUCUGUCAGGUGACCACACCGGGAGCGACAAUCCGUACAAAAGCCUCAACGACAGAGUCACUGCACUCAGUCUCACGCUGUGUACCGGUCUGUCGACAUAUCAGUGCGCAGAAGACAGGCUGGACCAACACUGCGAUGACUUUGCAGCGUAUUAUUCCCGUUGGAACGGGAUGGCACCGUCGAGCUAUGAAAAUGAAAAUACAAUCCCACAUCAUGCAAUCCCGGGUGAUGCUUCACGGGGUGACUUCGAAAGGUACUUGAAUGAUAUGAAACUGGGGUGUAAUGGCCGGACCUUCAUCAUUACUGAAACCGGUCGAUUCGGGCUUGGUCCCAUCAGCGUAGAAGUAGGUGAUGUCUGUUGUGUUCUGUACGGGUCGAGGGUGCCGUUUGUGCUUCGCGAAUGGGGUGCGACGGGUCGGUAUAAGUUAAAAGGAGAGGUUUACAUUCACGGCACCAUGAGAGGCGAGACGAUGAAGAUGUCCGGGGACGGGCUGGGAACUGAGACUGAUUUUGUCAUUUGCUGA